AUGGCCAGUCCUGCCCCGGGACACCGCCAGGCAUUGCCUUCUCCCCCACCAGCCUACCUCCGAUCAUCACCGUCAUUCACCCCGUCCGAAACACCACGGACUAUCCCGAACCGACCCCAGAAGUUGAACCUGAGCAAACCAGCCCACCAAGCAUCGCGAUCGGAAACCUCCCUUGUCAUUCAACACUCUCCGCGCUCGCCGGUCAAAAUCGCACAUAGCGCAGAUAUUCCCGAUGCCUCGAGCGUGCGCAUCGAAGGCGCAUACAGUGGGCCCACCACGCCGCAAUUGGACCUCCCUGAGUUCACAGACCUGUCACUUGACGACCCCGUACAGCCGCCUCAGCACACCUGGAAUCCUGCCCAUCCCCAGCGGCGAGACUCAUCACAGGCCCACUACACACAUUCGAAUUCGUACGGUCAUACCCCAGCGAGCAGCGGCUCGUGGUCGGUGAUAGAUCCGAAGGAUGACGGACACGGAAAUAAAAAGAGCCGCCCCUCGUUAGAGCGCGCGGGUCAAAGCCAUAACGGCUCCUCGCGGGAAAGCUUGGAUAGCGUGCCGCUAGUGGAGGACAACUAUGAACCUCUGGCCUACCAUCACCAGCAACCGGCCGCGGCAGUUACCAGGAAACCUGCACCCAAUGGAGAUAACCCGUCUGCCUCGACGGAUAAGCUGGCCGUGAGGCGAACAAGGCUGUCGCGGCCCGUUUCGGCAUACUCCUCAACCUCCGAUGGGCGUCACCGACGUAACCUCUCCGCAUCCCCGUAUCUAAAUGCGCGCUCCUCGUCAGGAACCCCGGAAACCAGGUCUCUAUCAUUCCUCAAUUUGCUCAACACAUCAUACCCGCAGCCAGGCCCAACCACGCAAUUCGACAACUCGCGUCUCCAAGCCUCAGUCGGAAACAACGCCUCCCUCCUUAGCCACAAAGAGACAUUCGAGAUGUACCUGGCGAAUGUCAAGAAAACCGACGAGCCAACAGUGCUGUACGAAUUCGCCGUGUUCAUGGUGAACUCGAUGCGCGAGAUGCCGCCCGUGGACGUCGAAGACUCCAGCCCGAUAACGCGCGCCCGUCUACUCCGAGAAUCAAAAUCCAUCCUCCAGCGCCUCGCAGACCGCAGCUUCCCCUUCGCACAGUACUAUCUCGGCGACGGAUACGCGUCGGGCCUCUUCAGCAAAGGCGUCGAGGACUACGACCGGGCCUUCCCGCUCUUCCUCGCAGCUAGCAAACACGGCCACGUCGAAGCCUGCUACCGCACAGCGUUAAGCUACGAGUUCGGCUGGGGGUGUCGCGUCGACGGCAGCCGCGCAGUACAGUUCUACCGCCAGGCAGCGUCGAAAAACCACCCGGGUGCCAUGAUCCGCAUGGCCAACGCCUGUAUUGCUGGCGAUAUGGGGCUAGGCAAGCGGUACCGCGAGGGCGUGAAAUGGAUGAAACGCGCGACCGAGUCUGCAGAUGCACAGUAUAACUCUGGCCCGUACGAGCUCGGUGUGAUGCACGAAAGAGGCUUCGGAGAUGAUGUCUUCCCUGAUGCCACUUAUGCAGCGCAACUAUUCACUAAAUCUGCCGAGCUGGGCCACGUCGAAGCUUGCUAUCGGCUUGGGGAUGCGUAUGAGCACGGAAAAUUAAAUUGUCCACGCGACCCGGCGCUCAGUAUCCAUUUCUACACCAAUGCUGCGCAGAACGGACAUCCGCUGGCUAUGAUGGCGCUUUGUGCGUGGUAUCUCGUUGGCGCGGAGCCUGUGCUCGAGAAGGAUGACAACGAGGCGUAUGAGUGGGCUCUCCGCGCUGCGAAUCUCGGCCUCGCGAAGGCUGAGUAUGCUGUCGGCUACUUUACCGAAAUGGGCAUUGGCUGCCGGCGUGAUCCUCUCCAGUCGAAUGUGUGGUAUGUCAAAGCCGCAGAUCAGGGCGAUGAGCGGGCCAAGCAUCGGAUUGCUACAAUUCGGGCUGCGGCCGAGGGCAAACAUCCAGCUGCUGCGCGCAAUGCAGCGACGCGCAGCACAGCCCGGCUUAAGAAAGCCGAGCGCAAGGCUCAGGCCACAAGUCAUGUCCAGGAAACUGAAGAUGAAAUCGACAAGCCUGCCAAACAGAAACGAUUCGUCAUUUUCUAA